AUGGGCUCGAGUCGAACAGAUGGCUCCGGUAAAGAGCGGUUGCGAUGGACUCAAGAACUUCAUGAUCGGUUCGAAAGAUCCGUGAAUCAGCUUGGCGGUCCUGACAGAGCGACUCCUAAAGGUAUUCUGAAGGCUAUGAGCAUUCCUGGACUCACUAUUUACCAUGUCAAGAGCCACUUACAGAAAUACAGGAUCUCAAAAUUCAUCCCCGAAUCAACCCACAAAGGAAAACUUGAGAGGAGAAAUAUAUCAGAAAUGUUACCAAAUUUCAGUGCUACAUCAAAUACGCAAUUAAAUGAAGCAUUAGAAAUGCAAAUGGAAGUUCAUAGGCGACUCAGUGAUCAACUUGAGGUUCAAAACAGUCUGAAGCUUAAAAUUGAAUCACAAGAGAGAUUCCUUGACAGAAUUGUUGAAGAACAUCGAAACCGAAUCACUGUUCAGACACACAAAAAACAAUUUUCUACAGCAUCACUCCCAUCGCUUUGUGAGGAGGAAUCAGAAUCGAACAAUGCAAAAGAUUUCGAAUCCGAUUCCGAGGGCGAUACUACUAGAAUCGAAAUACAAUACGACGAUGUUCAAAUUCUAAAGAAACUCAGAACCGAAAGUGAUGUGUUGCCAUCGCGAUAUAGAAUCGAAGAAAUCGACUACAAUCCAUAUGAUGUUCAAAACUUGAUUCUUCAAAAAGAAGUGAAAUUCAUCAAUUUUCCUUGGAGUACAAGCUUUUUCUAAGGUCUUAAUUAGUUUUAAAUUAUUGUUGUGG